GUAGAUCGAGUAAAAAAAGAACAAAAGAAUCGACGAAUCGGCUCUGGCGUCCUUCCUUUGGCUAGUGUAUAAGUUAAUGUUUUUCUCAAUAAAUUUCAGUUUAGUCUCUUCGGUUCGUCCAUAAGAGCAGCAAGUCGAUAUUUUAAGUUACUUGACUCCCAAAUAACAAUUAAAAAUGGCUGAUGAAGAUCCAUGGGGAGCUGGAGAUGAAGAAGAGAUUCCAGCGGCAACAACAGCAGCACCAACAAGUAAGCCUGCAUCAAAAGCUGGAUCGAAAACCGGAUCGAAGGCAGGAACACCGAAAGGCACUGGCCCGGCUGGAAAAAAUACGCCAAGCCGUGCAGCAACACCAACAUCAAGUGCAGGAGACGCACCAGCCGAUGGUGAACCGUUGCCAGAAGCGGAAGUACCUCCGCAAGAAGAUCCGAACCGACCAAGACCGUUGCAAUUGUACAAACAUUGGGUCAGACCAAAGUUCUUGCAGUACAGAUACAUGUAUGACUAUCGAACAAACUAUUACGAUGAUGUCAUUGAUUAUCUUGACAAGCGUGGCCGAGGAGUCAAUCGCGAAGUUCCGCGUGCUCAAACAUGGGCUGAACGUGUAUUAAGGACACAUACAAAUCCAUCAGCACUUGAUUACUACAAAGGCCAGAAGAAAGAAGACAGACACCUGAUUCAAACAAUUGCUGCUACAAUCAGAACACAUAAUUAUCAUACCAAAGCCUAUGAAAAUCGAAAAUUCCUAAAACUAAUGUCGUAAAUUGGAACGAAUAAGUUCGGGUUAGAAAUCCAACCAAACGAAUUCAGAUCAUAAACAUCAACCAAAAAUCGUUUGAUGAUAUAGAAUUUUUUGAAAAAGACUUAAUUAAUUUGUAAUUUUGAAUUGAAAAACGGUAUUUAGACCAUCGAAACCCAUGUUAACAUGUAACAUCUUCACGCGCAUGCAAAAGAAAUCACUUCAACUCAAGAUUGAAUUAGAAAUUGUGGUAGAUAACAAAAAUUAUAAUUGUUGUAUUGUAUAGAUAGGUGACGAGUUACUAUAAAUUUCAUAAAACUUAUAUCUUCUGUGACAAGAGUU